AUGGAGCCAUCGAGUCAUGGAGUCAUCGAGUCAUCGAGUCAUCGGGUCAUCGAGCCAUUGAGUCAUCGAGUCAUCGAGAUGGAUCGCUUAACCCACAAUGAUGUGAUUGGUACAACUUACUUAUGUAUGUCGAAAAUCUCUGCCCCAGGAGGAGAGAUUGAAGAGAUUUGCUCAAUGGAGUUUGAACCCAUCAGCGGCUUGGAUGACGGCCUGGGAUACCUCCCGUCCUUUGGACCCUGCUUUAUGAACCUGUACGGCAGUCCCAGAGAGUUCACCGGCUUUCCCGAUCCGUACGUUGACAUGAACCUGGGAAAGAGUGAGGCGAUGGCCUACCGUGGCCGAGUCCUGGUGGAGCUCAGCACCAAACUGGUGGACCAGGCAGAGCAGAAGAUUGAGGAAAUCCCAUCAGAUGACCUCUUAAGAGUCGAGAAACACCUCCGUCGCCGUAAGUUCCACCUGUGUGCCGUCUUCUACUCUGCCACCAUGCUUCAGGAAGUAGGCGAUGCCAUCCAGUUUGAGGUCAGCAUCGGUAACUACGGCAACAAGUUCGAUGCCACCUGUCUGCCCUUGGCCUCCACCACCCAGUACAGCCGGGCAGUGUUCGAUGGUUGCCAUUAUUACUUCCUGCCCUGGGGAAACGUGAAGCCAGUUGUGGUCCUGUCAUCAUACUGGGAGGAUAUCAGCUACAGGAUCGAUGCACUGAACAUCCUGCUUAACGCUGUGGAUAGACUUGUGAGUGUUGAUGGGAGUGACGGAGGCAAUGGACAAAGUCGAGGGAAUACAAAGAGUGGCACAGAGGUUUCUGGGGCGAUGGUUAUUGUGGGAUGGGGCAAUGGUGCCUGUGCUGUGCCCUGGACCAUGCUGUUAUGGACUCGCAAUGGUGCUGAUGGGACAAUGGGAGGUCAGCGACAGGCGCUGGAGCUUGACUCAACCGAGAGGGAAAUGGCAUCAGAAAUCUUGCUCCCAUCCGCAUGCCCCAUGAUGGGACCCAGCAAUCCCCUCAGGCACUCACUCGUCCCCCGAUACAAAUCUUCUAAGGUCAAUCGAUAUUUCGAUGUUCAGGACUGUCUGAAUGUACUGGUCUUCCUACGUGCCUUCAGUUUGGAGAAGGAGACAUACGAAAACCAGACCAAGUUGGCCCUGGUCGGGAAUUGGGGCACAACGGGCCUCACCUAUCCCAAAUACUCCGACGUCACCGGGAAGAUCAAGCUCCCCAAGGAUUCCUUCCGGCCGUCGGCAGGCUGGGCUUGGGCAGGAGACUGGUUCAUCUCUCCUGAGAAAACGUUGCUGUACGAUGUGGAUGCUGGUCACAUGACCUUCGUUGAGGAAGUGUUUGAAAAUCAGGCCCGGUUGCCAGGGGGACAGUGGAUCCAAAUGACUGAGGCCUACACUGACAUAAAUGGAGAGAAAAUGUUACCAAAGGAUGAUAUCGAGUGUCCCAUUGGCUGGAAAUGGGAAGAUGUGGAAUGGUCCACUGACCUUAACCGAGCUGUGGAUGAACAAGGCUGGGAGUAUGGAUUCACCAUCCCACCCGAUCGGAAACCCAAGUCCUGGGCCCCAGCGGAGAAGAUGUACCACACAAACAGACGACGCCGUUGGGUCCGAAUGCGCAGGAGGGACCUUCAACAGAUGGACGCACUCCGCAAGACCAAGGCUGAAGAUUUGGAGAUGGAAGGCUGGGAGUAUGCCUCUCUCUUUGGUUGGAAAUUCCACCUGAAACAGAGGAAGACGGAUACCUUCCGACGUCGGAGAUGGAGACGCCGCAUGGAGCCCCUGGAGAAGGCUGGACCUUCCGCAGUCUUCGCUCUGGAAGGUGCACUGGGCGGUGUCACUGAUGACAAGAAUGAGGAGAAAUCAAUGUCAUCCCUCAACCUGGGUGUGAAUACACCCACCGUCUCCUGUAUAUUUGACUAUGGAACCAGAUAUCAUCUUCGGUGCUACCUUUAUCAAGCCAGGGAUCUGAUUGCAAUGGACAAGGACAGCUUCUCUGACCCAUACGCCAUUGUCUCAUUCCUGCACCAAAGCCAAGCGACUGUGACAAUGAAAGGCACCUUGAACCCCACCUGGGACCAGACGCUCAUCUUCCAUGAAGUGGAGAUUUUCAGCGAUUCCAGCAUCACCACCAAUAACCCUCCUAACAUUGUGGUUGAGUUGUAUGACCACGACACCUAUGGGGCUGAUGAGUUUAUGGGGCGAUGUAUCUGCAGACCAUGGCUUGAACCCUCCCCAAGAUUGGCGUGGUAUCCAGUGAGAAGAGGCAACAGAAAUGCAGGGGAACUCCUGGCUGCCUUCGAGCUCAUUCCACGGGAGAAGGAGGAUGAUACAGACCUGCCUUACCCACCCCCACAGCGGGAACCCAAUAUCUACAUGGUGCCUCAGGGGAUUAAACCCAUUCUGCAACGUACUGCCAUUGAGGUUCUAGCCUGGGGUCUGAGGAACCUGAAGAGCUACCAACUAGCGAGCGUGUCUUCUCCCAGCCUCAUCGUGGAAUGUGGAGGUCAGAUGGUGCAGUCCUCAGUCAUUAAAAAUGCCAAGAAGAAUCCAAACUUCAGCACUUCAGUCCUGUUCAUGGAGGUGUGUUUACCAAAAGAGGAGCUGUACUGUCCACCCAUCACUGUCAAGGUGAUUGAUAACAGGCAGUUUGGAAGACGACCUGUUGUAGGACAGUGCACCAUCAGGUCCUUGGCAGAUUUCUACUGUGAUCCUUACACGGAGAGGAGGGACUCUGCUGCUGCUCUGCAGUCUGAUGAACGAAGUCCCUCAUUCCGGGAUGAUGUGCUGAUUGAUAUCGAUGACAGGCAACCUCUGAUCGCAAGCCAGUUUGCAGGCUGCAUGACCAGCUCAACCUUGAAUAAGUUCCCUUCUAUGUCCAGCCUCCAUAUUCAGGAGACCAUGUGGGAAGACGAGUUUGUGGAUUGGUGGAGUAAGUUCUACGCAUCAAUGGGUGACACCAGCAAAUGUGGAACGUACCUGGAGAAAGGCUUGGACACGCUUCAGGUCUACAAUGUCGAGCUGGAGAAGGUCGAGGCGUUCGAAGGGUUAACAGAUUUCUGCCGUACCUUCCCUCUGCAUCGUGGGAAGACUCAGGGUGAAGAUGAGGAUCCUUCAGUGGUGGGAGAAUUCAAGGGCAGCUUCAAGAUCUAUGCCCUUCCUGACGACCCCUCAGUGCCUAACCCUCCUCAGCAAUUCCACCAACUGCCAGCCAGCGGACUCCAGGAGUGUCUCGUCAGGGUUUAUGUCAUCCAGGCCUUUGGACUUCAGCCGAAGGACUCCAAUGGAAAGUGUGACCCGUACGUGAAGGUUUCUCUGGGCAAGAGGUCCGUCAGUGACCAGGACAACUACAUCCCAUGCACCCUGGAUCCUGAGUUUGGAAGGAUGUAUGAGUUGACUGGAAACCUGCCCAUUGACAAGGACCUGAAGGUCACCCUGUAUGACUAUGAUCUCUUGUCAAAGGAUGAGAAAAUCGGCGAAACUGUGAUUGACUUGGAGAAUCGCUUCCUCUCUCGAUUCGGAGCUCGCUGUGGGUUACCUCAAACCUACUCCAUCUCAGGACCAAACCGAUGGCGUGACCAGCUCAGACCAAGCCAGCUCCUUCACAUCUACGCACAGAGGCAAGGCUACAAGCUCCCUGUGAUCACGGACAGUAAGAUCACAAUUGCAGGAGAGGAGUUCCUUCUGGCAGAUUUCGAGGAUGGGAAGCCCCUCGGCACACACCUCGGACCCCCCGAUGAGCGCCUGGCUUUGUACGUGCUUCACAAACAGGGCCUGGUUCCAGAGCACGUGGAGACGCGGGCUUUAUUCAGCCCACUGCAGCCUGACAUUGAGCAGGGAAAGAUCCAACUUUGGGUGGACAUCUUUCCCAAGUCACUUGGACCCCCAGGACCUCCAUUCAACAUCACCCCUCGCAAAGCGAAACGGUUUUACCUGCGAUGUAUCAUAUGGAACACCAACGAUGUAAUCUUAGAUGACCUCAGUAUAACAGGAGAGAAGAUGAGUGAUAUAUAUGUGAAAGGCUGGCUUGUGGGCUAUGAGGGCAACAAACAGAAAACAGACGUCCAUUACAGGUCGAUGGGUGGAGAAGGAAACUUCAACUGGCGAUUCAUCUUCCCGUUUGAGUAUUUGCCAACCGAACAAGUCUGCUCCAUUGCCAAGAAGGAACAUUUCUGGAGUCUGGAUAAGACGCAAACAAAAAUUGCACCUCAACUCAUCCUCCAGAUCUGGGACAACGAUAAAUUCUCCUUCGAUGACUAUCUGGGGUCGAUUCAGAUGGAUCUCAACAGGAUGCCAAAACCGGCCAAGUCUCCCGAGAAGUGCGGUCUGAUGGUGCUGGAGAGUGAGAAACAUGUCUCUCUGUUUGAGCAGAAAUCGGUGAAGGGUUGGUGGCCCUGUGUUGCUGAGUCACAUGGAGAGAAGAUCCUUGCUGGCAAAGUGGAGAUGACCCUGGAGAUCGUGACGGAGGAGGAGAAGGAGGAACGUCCUGCUGGGCAGGGCCGGGAUGAGCCCAAUAUGAACCCGAAACUGGAGCAACCAAAGCGACCAGACACCUCCUUCCUCUGGUUCACCUCCCCCUUGAAGACCCUGAAGUACAUCGUCUGGAGGAAGUUCCGGUGGGUGAUCCUGGCGUUUUUGGUGUUCCUUAUCCUGAUUCUGUUUGUCGUCAUCUUCCUUUACUCCUUCCCGGAAUAUGCUGCUAUGAAGUUGGUGAAACCUUUCAGCUGAGGCCUUCCAAUUGGAAAGGAGCAGGAUGAGGUGGAGGUCUCCAGGUCAAUGCUGUCCACACCUCACCUCCAGUGGGUACCUGUGCUUACAGGGAACAGUAUAGCCUUCCAAUAGGAGAUUACCAGCCUCAUGCCCAACGCUUGCAGCCAGUCAUGGGUAGCUAGCCGGUGCCAUCCCCGCUGGCGUUUCACUGCUUUUACACACUGUCGGUGUUAGACAGAGGUGCCCGGGUUUGCUCACCAACCCUGCUUACUCCGAUCUCCGCUGACUUAUACUCCUCUCCCUCUCUCUCUUCCUCCAUGCUUUCUCUCUCUCUCUCUGGCCAAGCUCACAUGUAGAGGCUUCAUCAAAGAGUGGGUGGACGUUGCAAUUGGAACCGUGUAAUGGCGAAACAGCUGCCUCUUCUGUAUGCACUGUACCUGUGGCUUUAGACCUGGGGUUGUUACUUCUAUUGCACUGCGAGACCCCUCUUCUCCUCCAAAACCCCCAUCCAACCCUGUGCCUCAAGAUUGCUCUCCCCACCCGCUGGUGAAAAUCAGACCCACAUCUAUGACCGGCCAAGGAAGCUGGAGGGCAAUGGGAGUCAGUACCUGAGGUGGCGGCUGGGCACCCAGUCAAAGAAAG